GAGAGAGAGAGAGGAGGCAGCUUGCUCCACACGCCUCCGCCGUGUCCAGAUUUCCGACUCGCCGGAGAGGAAUGGAAGCGGGCCGCGCGACAAUCGUCGCCUCCGCCGUGGCCAGGUUGAAGCCACCGCGGGCGACGCUGACGCAUGACGCUCCGGCCGCCGUCCUCGCGCCGCCCGUCGCCGACGCCCCGCACGCCGAGUGGCGGGGGCUACCCGACGACGUCGUCGCCAGGGUGCUCGUCCGCCUCCCCGUCGUCGACCUGUUCCGCCUCGGCUACCUCUUCUCCCCGCGCUGGCUCGACAUCUGGCGCGCCGAGCCGCUGUAUCUCCAUGACCGCCAGUUCGCCUCUCCCCGGAUCGCCGCCGCCGACGUCGCCGACGCCAUCGCCAACGUUCUCGAGCUCCACGUAGGCGACGGCGUCCAGUUCGUAGGCGUACAAGGAGAGAACGGGAGCGACGACGACGACGACGGAGAUGGAGGUGGAGGCAACGAGGUAGUUGGCGUGGAUGGCCACGAUUCUGGACCCGGGGUUGCCGUCGAACUCGAACACGAGGCAGCAGAUCAAGGCGGUGGAGUCGUCAACAAUUCUGACGGUGGAGGUGUCGCCGGCCGCCGUCGCCUCCGAUUCCCUGGAGGCGUAGGCGCCGACGACGGCGUCAUCAGCGACGACGACAUCUACGGCCACGACGACAUCCCAGAUGGUGGUUACGAGAUCGGCCGCGUCUACAGCUUCCGAGUGGAGACCACGCGGUGGCGCGCCGACCAACUCCACCGCUGGUGCGCCGCGCUCCAGCGCGGCCGUGUUCGUGAGGUCACCCUCGCCAACCUCACCAUGGAAGGGCACCCCGAGCUCCCCCAGGGCAUCCGCGACUGCGCCACAAGCCUCAAGGGACUCCACGUCUUCUUCUUCACCAUGGAAGCCGACCACAUCGACUCCCUCGUCAACCUCCGCGUCCUCGGGCUGUAUGGCUGCCCUGGCAUGAUCCUGCGAGCACUCCGCCCCGAAUCGGAAAUCCGGGUGCUGACGAUCGACUUCAGCCGUCUGGUAGACGUCCUCGUCCAGACCACGCGCCUCCGCUCUCUGGAGAUGCACAACAACGUGGUGCAGGGCACGGUCGUCGUGCACGACGCCAUCCAACUCCGGAAGCUGCACCUGUUACCACCGACGAGACCAUCCAAGAUCUUCAUCGGUGAAGCGCCCAGCCUGCGAAGCAUCGGCUAUCUCGAUCUCUUCAACACCGUCUUCGUGAUCAAAGGCAUUGUGAUUCAGGCUGGGAUGGUGCUGCAUCCUCCAAAGAUGCGUUCUGUCAGGAUUCUCGGCUUACGGGUGAACUACACAGAGAUGGGUCACAGGGUGCCCCGUGAGAUAGAGCAGAUUCUGAAGUGUUUCCCAUGCUUAGAGAAACUGGAGAUCAUGAGAUACGAUGAGGUUGCACCAGAAGAAGGGCUCCUCAAAGCGGAUGAUGAACACAUCUAUCAAGGGAACAAUUUCUUCCGUGACCUUGGUUGUUUCAGCCAUCACCUGAGGUGGAUAUAUCUUACAGCUUUCAGAGGGGGCAAGUAUGAACUUGCUCUGGGCAAAGCCAUCCUCGACGAAGCUCGAGCCGGGACAAUGUUCAAAAUGCUACACCCACAAGGCAGCUAUACGGACUACAUCUCUAACCAGCUAUGGCGGGCUCUCGAACAUUUCAGAAUGACCACUCCAAAUCAUGCUGUCAGAGAUCGACAUGUGUCCGUUAUUCUACGUUUGAGAAAGGCCGGGGGUCUUCCUGGAUAGCAACGCAAGCUGCGAGCUAGCCGGUCCGGGUUCGAGCCUCACCCUCUCCUUAAUUCAAAAUUAAUCUAGUCAUUCCUAGAUUGGUCUUAUUUGUUUUGUGUCCAUUAUUCUAAGUUGAGUUACUUGAAGAAGGCUACUCCAGGUUGAAGAAGGCUACUCCAGGUUGUUGUUCUGCGCUGCUGUACUACUGUCAGAGAGGUUAGGCUGCGCUCUUUUCUUCAAUUUGUCUAGCUGGUCAAAUGAUGUAUGCUAAGUGAGCGAAUUGUGAAUGAUGCUCUCUUUGAGUCUGCAUAAUUGAACAAUUACAAAUCUUGAUAGCAGUAAAAGAAGAUACAGUAUCUUGAUGAGAUGAGCAUGUUGUUUGUGCUUUGCUUUUACCGGAAAAUUUGAUCAACAUAAAAGUGAAUUAUUUUUCUUAGAUGCUAAA